CAUGAGCAGAUUGCAAAGCUACUGCUUGAAGCUGGUGCUAAUGUUAAUGCAAUAGGAUGCGGUAACGACAGCGCGCUUCAAAGAGCCUCAUCAGCAGGUCAUGACACAGUGGUGAGGCUAUUGCUGGAAUCUGGCGCCAGUACGAGUAGACAUCGAGGCUUGUUCUAUGGCAGUGCACUCCAGCAGGCUUCGGAAUAUGGCCACGAGCGGGUGGUAGAG